AGUCUCGCCGUGGCGGUCGCGGGAGUCGGUUCCCGCAUUUCGUGGCGCUAAUUCGAUUUGAACGCAUCGCUCGUGCGCGUAGGCGGCGCGCCGUCGCGUCGUGCCGUUGCUCCGGUAAGCUCCGAAUGAGUUUUUCGUUAGUUUCUACGGUGUUUCGCGACCAUGCAGUGUUCUUCGCUCGAUCGUGACAGCAAGAUCGCGACGUAACUCGACGAGAGAAAGCACCGACCGGCGGUGCUCUUCCGCGAUUUGUGCGCGACAGUUUCGGCGAGCGUUUCGAUAUUAACGGAAGUGAGACGAGAUCGAGAGUGGCCCUUCGUUUACGUACGAGGUUAUCGGACUUGCGUGUGUGAGGUGAUCCGUACGCGUAUCGGAAUUCCGCGGGAAUUAUGUCCCUCGUCAACGAGGCGCUCGUGUCUACGGCGACAAUCAACAAGUGCGGUGGGUAACCGUUGCGGCCACGUGAUACGCGUCGCAAGAUACGCUACGCUACCGAGUUGCCGAUUGCCCGCGUGGCUCUUGCUUCUGCUUCUGGAGUCUUAAAAGAAGCCUGGUGCCACGUCGAACGCGGAGAGUCGAGAUACGGAGAAAUCACGCGGGACGUACGAGAGUGUGAAGUUCAGUGAAAAUUCAAACGACAGUGUGAUCGAACUGAAGCGCGGCCAACUUCAGUCCCUCGGUACACCAGACUGAAAUUCGCUGCGGAUCGAUUAAGCGCGGCAAGCGCUGCAACGUCGAUCCUUCGACGCAAAUCGAACUGCUCCAGUGCUCCGACAAUAAUCGCGUCGACACGUCGACGGUUCGUACGACACGUUUCGCGGGGGGGAAAACGACGAGCUGCAGCCGAGGAUACGUGACAUAUCGCGCGUUGACUCGCGCGACGAAAUCGCUCGUUGCUCGGAAAUUCGCGGAAGUGAAGCCACGCGGCGUUUCGCGGAAAAGUGAGGCGCCGGAAACGCAACCCGGUCUCGGGAGAGGAAGAGGCGGCGAUGACCGCGGUGAUAUAAUCGCGCGGGAUCGUGAAAGAGACGCCGCCGCGCGCGGUGGUCGGUGGUUUCUUGUGUUCGCGUCGUGUCGCGCCGACGUUUGUACGAGUAAAUUUAAACUACGCCGCGUCGAGAACACGUGGAUGCACGCCGCCGCCGCCGCUCCGUCGUCGCCGGCGAGAACUCCUCAACGUUCGCCGAGGAUCCUCGGAUGCACGAGAAAAUGCGUGUAAGAUCGUCGAGGUGACUGUGAGAGCAUGGAGACUAUGCAGGAAGGUGGUGGUCGUCUGCAAAAUGAUUCGACCGUCGCGAAGAUGCCGAAUCGGUUGAAGCUCGUGCAAAGUGACGAAAAUGACAAGGUGACGAGUGAAAAGACAGCGGAGAUGGACCCGUACAGGGAAUUGGAGCUCUAUCUCGCCAAGGUUAACGAGGAAAUCGGCGAGAUAAUCGAAUCAGCUCCAACGACUCCACUCCGCAAAGAGACAAAGCAUUCGACUCAGCCCGAAAAAUUGUCGAACUACACGAACGAUUCGUUCACCCCGAAAGAUUUGCCCGCUACGAAAUCGCACGGCUUCGUGAGGAGACAAAACUCGUUGACGAGAGGCGGCGAGGAUAUCGGCGAGUGGUCGAACAGCAUCCUCGCGGAGUUCAAUAGUAUAAUCGCCAACGAGAUCAACGAGCUUACCAAAGAAAAAACGAGGAGAGAAGCGGCGCGUGGCGACGACGACGUUAGGGUGGUACAAUACAAGGAGCUGCUGAACGAAUUCGGAAUAUCUGACAGCGAGUGCUCCGAGCGAGAGUUCAGCGGUGAACGUGGUUCUCUUCGAGACGAGAAGAGUCUACGAGAUCGCAGGAACGGAAAACUGUUCGUCGACGAUGAUCGUCGCUGUCUGUUGAACUCCGAUUACGACGAGCCUCACGAUCGAGUAAUUCCUGAAGGAAGGAAGAGCGGUAGCCUGCCGGAGAAUCUGCAGGACAUCAUUGGCAAACGUGGGCGAUUUCAUACCGCGGAGACUCUGAGCUCCGACUACGACGAGCCCAGCAACUGUCUACCAAUAAACUCGAUCAGGAGCCAGAUCGAUAGAAUCACCUCUAGUCUACCGUCGAAAUUGGAACGUGAAUGCAUCUCGAAAGACACGCGAUCGAAUCCUUGCCAUGCACCAAAGACACCCGUAGGAUUAAGUUUGAAGACCAAUGAAGACACCAACGUGGACACAGCGCUCCAAGCCGGAUCGUUCAGAUGCGCUGAGGAAGACGCCGAAGAAGCGAACGCGAAAUUACCGCCGCGACAACGAUCCGAGAGAAAGACGAGCCUUCCCAUCAAUCUAACGAGCCAAAAGCGCAGAAAGGCAAUGCGACUGCAGAGACUCCGACGAGGUCCUGACGAUCGAGAGACCAUGGAUCCCGAUUACGACGACGUAUUUCCGAACGAGGAGACGGGCAGAUCUAAAUCGUUGGACAAUCACGUCCCGAAAUCAGCGCCCGUAACACCCACGGACGAGAAGAAGCCACCGUUCUCGAAAUUAUUGAGGAAACGGCACACUCCGGUGUUCCACGAGAGCUCCGACGACGUCAUUCUGGUUAGCGUGUCUUCCCUGCCGGAUCAAGAUAUGCUGCGCUUGAGAAACGACAGGCUCCAUGAGACGAAGAAUGAUAAGGCGAACUCGAGAGAAACGUUGAUUCGAAAAAAGAGAGCGAUAUCGCCGCUAACUCUACGUUCUGACGUCACCGCGAAAAGAUUGUCGGAAUCGGACCGAGAUAUCAGACGAGUCAGCCCGGUGGACUUGAAGAAAUUCUCGUUGACGCGAACUUGGGGCAACGACGUUGCGGUGAAUUGCGACUUGUCCGAGAACGGUGACGUCAAUGGAAAUUGCGGGAUCGAGAACGGAACCCUCGGCAAGCUGGAGCACGCUGACGUGAAGAGGAUUAUGGAGGAGCAGAACGCGAAAACGGGAUCCUUGCCUAUUUCCCUGCAGUCUUUGUUGUCGAGAAUACGAAGUGGCUCGGGUUCUUGUUGCCCAAAUAGUCCGCCGAUGGAUACUCUCACCUGCUCCGACAUGGCGACUCAAACGUCACCGGCGAUUUCGAGGAGCUCUAGCUUCACCUGGGUCAGCGAUUGCGACUCUCCUCAAGCCGAGUCCCAAUUAGAUUCGCAGUCGUUGCAAGAUGAGAGUACCUUAGACCCAGUUUCCCCUCAAGACACCGUGGAUGACGACAAUAGAUCCUCAUCGUCGUCUCAAGACCUCCUGCAAAGCAUGGACGAGAUUUCCUCCGGAAGCUUGUCGCCGGAUACUACCGACAGAGCAUCUCCGCUUGAAAGUGGGAUCGGAACAGCGAGUCCACCUAGAAGUACGGACCGCCGAUUGACUAAACCGUCAACACCGAACAAAUGUCAUCGCAAAGAGACAUGGGAGCGAAUCCGGCGACGGCCGUCGAAACUGAACUCGCGGAACGACAAGAAUUCGCAAGACGUGUGGGUCAAACGCGAAAGCGUGCACACGCAAACGAAACAGAUCGACGACCAGUACUCGCAGGACGCGGUGGACAGCAGUAGUGGUCUCGAUGACUCGUUGCCGAGGAUCAGGACGCCCAGGCCUACGAAUUUACCGCUAUGCUUGUCCACCACUGCGAGCAGUUCCUUGAGCUCGGGCGAGCUACUCGAGACGCCGCCCCGAGCGCCGUCUUCUCCGUCCGCGGCGAGUCUCCAGCUGAAGCCGGAACCUCUAGCCGUGGAAAUGGGCGGGAAGAGUAGCAGUGCGCCGUUGUUGGAGAACAAUGACGCCAAGAACGCCAACGGGAAGGUGCCGAGCUUGCAGCAGCCGCGCUCGCAGUCGGAACGACAACUAUCAGAAAUCGAGGCGCAAGAAGCUUGCAAAUGGUUGAGAGCCGCCGGAUUCCCGCAAUACGCGCAAAUGUACGAAGACUAUCAGUUUCCGAUUGACGUUUCCGGCGUAGCCAAGGACCACCCUUUCCUCGAGGCCGAUUCGCUGCAGAGCCUUUUCCGGCGUCUGCACGCCCUUAAUCGUUGCGCCAAUAUGAAGCUCGACACGCAUCACACGCACCACAGCACGAGCCACAGCAAAAGCAGUGGUGGCGGUGACGAAUCCGACGAGGACACGCAGUGCGCCUUGAGCGAAAAAUGGACCUUCGAGAAAAAGACGAGACGCUGGUCGCGCAUAGGCGACGUAACACCGGGGAACGUCGAGAGGCUGCAGGCGAUCGCUGGGCAGAACGCCGCGUCCGAGGACGAUUCCAUCGAGGAUCGUCUGGAGGCGGAAGAGGCGGAAGACACCAUGCUGGAGAAUCUGCGGUACGGCAGUUUGCCACCGGGAACCGUGCCCGACGAGAACGGCACGCGAUUUCGCAGGUCCGGCUCGGAGAGGCUGCGGGACGGCGCGAAGGCUUUCCUUAGGCGCGUCGAGUCCCUGAAGUCUCGGCGGCGGAAGCGCCAGAAUCGCGACGGGGUGGUGAUCAGCGGACCCCAGGUGCUCGACGUGAUGUCCAUGCAGCAGAAGAUGAAGGAGCUGAACUGCGUGGACGUGUCGCCCACGGGGCCGGCACCGGUCUCCUUCAACGAACUCUUGUCGGCCGGGUCUCUGCAAAUUCCCGGCUCGCCGGUCACCCUCCCGGCCUCACCCUAUCAUUUACCGCCGUCGCCGCUGGCAAACGCGCCCAGCCCCUUCGGCGACGACUCCUCCAGCUACUGCUCGGACGGUUCGCAGGGCGGUGGACCGACACCGAAGCCGACCCGCACGAAGAUGAAUCGCGCCCGCCGAUUUCUACAUCGCGGCAGAGAGGACCAAGGCGCGCUGAGCGACUCCGAAUGCCAGCCGACGAACUGGCGACAUCGGUACUUCCGCGACGCUAACAGCAACCACGCGAAGGUGCUGGAGUUCGUGACCGUGCGUUCCCAAAGUUCCAAGGAGCGUUCUCAAAAUUCCACGCCGGCGAAGAACGCACCGAUUAAUACCCGCGGCGGCAGCCUGAACCUCGGCAAGGAGUCGCAGAGGUAUCGCGACAAGCUCGCGCAGGACAAGGAGGAAAAGGCGGCGACCUCGAAGCGGGAGGACAAGAUGCGCAAGAGCUUCCGACGCCGCGACGACUCGCAUAGGGACAAGUCGCUGUCUAAGGAGGUAACAGUCUACCGAGAAAAAUCCAGGUCCAGGAGCUCUGAAUUAGCCGGCAGUCAAGAGAGUGGCUCCACCGUGGCCAGUAGGGACUCCGAACCGGAAGAGGAAUCGCCUAGGCACAAGCAGGGCACCGUUGUCAGGUGGCACAGUUUCCAGAGAGGGUCGCUCUACCCCGAACCCUUGGACCCGUUGUGUCCUAGAGCGAUGGCUUCCAUGUCGUGCGGACAACUUCUGGUCCUGAGGAAACUGGCGUUGUUGAAACUCACGGCGUGCAUGGAACGGUACUGUCCGACUCAUCGCACCGGUUGGAACUGGGAGCUCCCGAAGUUCAUCAGGAAAAUCAAGACGCCUGAUUACAAGGACAAGACGGUCUUCGGAGUGCCGCUCUUGCUGUCUCUACAGAGAACCGGUCAAGCUCUUCCUAAGUGUAUCCAGAUCGCUCUGAGAUGGCUGAGAGCCAACGCUCUGGAUCAGGUGGGCAUCUUCAGAAAGAGCGGCGUCAAGUCGAGGAUACAGAAGCUGAAAAUUAUGACGGAGACCCAAGGAGACAAUAUCAAUUUUGACGGGCAGCAGGCGUUCGACGUCGCCGAUCUUGUCAAACAGUAUUUCAGGGAGUUGCCGGAGGCUCUGCUGACGAACAAGCUCUCGGAGACGUUUAUCGCCAUCUUUCAACAUGUACCGGUGGAGUUGCGACCUGAUGCUGUGCAGUGCGUCCUGUUGCUGCUUCCGGAUGAACAUCGUGAGGCGUUAGAGACUCUGCUCGACUUCCUCAAUCACGUCGCCAGCAACUCGCCCUACAACCAAAUGACAGCCUCGAAUCUGGCCGUGUGUCUAGCCCCGAGCCUGUUCCAUUUCAACCACAGCAACACGAACGUGACCAACAGGUCGAGCAGCGUGUCGCCACGUAGGCGAAAGACCGUGGGCAUUCCCGAUCAGCGGGAACUGUCGGAAAACAAAGCCGCUCACGACUGUCUUCUGUAUCUGGUCAAGUUGCAUCGUGAAUUAUUCAUGGUCUCGUCGGACAUGCUGACGCAGUGUCACUUUAAUUACAUGGAAGAGAGCAUUCCGGUUGCGCUGGAGGAACUUGGCUCGGAAUUGAAGCAGGAUUGGAGGGGUUACCUGUACGCCUGCACCACGGCGUUGCUGAAGGAAGCGCGAGAAAACAGAAGUCGCGGCUGGGUCACGGUAAGCAAUCCUGCCGACAAUAGCGUAGAAAUGGCGUACAAAAAGGUCGGCGAUGGACACCCGCUUCGUCUCUGGCGAGUGUCAACCGAAGUCGAAGCUCCGCCAAAUGAGCUGUUACAUCGUGUGCUGAGAGAAAGACACAUCUGGGAUCCGCAACUUUUAAAAUACAGACUGGUGACCAAGCUGGACACCAAUGUCGAGGUCUUCCAAUACGCCACCGGGAACAUGAGUCCGCUGCCCGCUCGAGAUUAUUGUGUAGUAAGAUCCUGGCGGAACGAUCUUCCCAAAGGUGCUUGCGUCAUUGUCGAAACAUCCGUGCAACAUCCAGACGCCCCUGUCAUGCUCGGAGGAACUCGUGGCAUCGUUUUGGCCUCACGUUAUCUUAUCGAACCAUGUGGCAGCGGCAAAUCCCGCAUUAUGCAUUUAUCCAGAGUCGAUACAAAGGGUCGCACACCUGAAUGGUACAAUAAGAGCUACGGACACAUCGCUGCUCUUCACUUAAGCAAAAUCCGUAAUUCUUUCAAGCAUACCACCGAUGGGCCCGAAAGCAAAGUUUGAGAACAGGAUACCGUGCAACAGGUAUCGUUGCACGGUUCUUCCUUUCCUUCCUCCUCUUCUUCCUCCGCCUCUUCCUCCACCACCUCUAUGUCCACUCUUCAAGUACCCGACGAGCAGUAUGACCACAGGCUCCUAAAGGACGCACUACAAGUCCAGCCUACCAUCGAUGAAGAAUAAUUUCGAUCGAUAAGUAUCCAAAACCCACCGAUGUCGUAGUUAGCUUUGUUCAGCAAAUGUUUUUGAAGAUAAGCAAUCUAUUUUAUCAUAUAGUAGUAUAGUAAUAGAAUGCCCCGUAUGACGCGCGUUUACUGUCCAAAGAUCUUACCGUCCGUUUGUCAUGAAAGUUGGAAGGGGCGGGAUAUAAAGAAUGAGAAUGAACAAUCUCAGUCAGCAAUUUUAAUAAUGAAGAUGGCUCACGCGUGUCGAAAUCAGCUAUUUUGGGAUACAAAGGACGACACGUUAUUUUUGCAAUUUUAAUGUUGUUGUUGUUUGAGAAUUUAUCAAUUCUAUCAAAUUCCGAUCGCAGUGAUUCCUGAAAUCGCGUCAAGCUGCAGUUUUUUAAUUUGAUCGCAUUUUAAUGCUAAAAGAUUGAAAAAUCGGUCGAUAAAUAUAAACGCUUCCGGUUGUGAGAUAGAAGAUGAACGUCAUUCGGUGUUUUCGACGACUAUGUGUAUGUGUUUAUAUGAGAAUAGCGACUCCAUGGGUUUAUUUCAUACUGUAGCAAGUUCAUAUUUUCGAUAAAAAUAAGAUAUAGAGAUAUGUGAAAGCACGACCAAGAUAAGAAAUGAUAUUAACUAUAUUUUCUCAUAAAUAUAUUCUCAAAAAAACUAUAUCAUGUCAUAAAUGUUGCCACACAUAGACGAGCGAAUAAGUAAAUGUCGCGUACGCAUUUACACGUGUGUCUAUUUAUAAAUGUGCUCUUAUAAGCACGUGUUUGUUACAUGUAUGUAAAAGAGAUUACGUCGUUUCAUUGUCAGAAUUGCACGAUGCACUGCUUCGCACACCAUUUGUCUGUUGUGUGGAAAAAUACGUCCUGAGGAUACAGUUAAGCAAAAAUAAUUUGUGGCUACAACUUUUCGAGAAAGUUUUCGAUUAUGUCUAUUUUUUUUAUAACAUCAAACAAUUUUACUUUUUUGACUUAUAAUCGAUAAAAUAUUCGAAAUUUCUUUAGUUUUGUGAGAUUAAAAAUAUUCCGCGUGUAGCGAUUGACGUAAACAAAUCAGUGCACCGUGCAGUUUUGCUCGUUAUCGUUAGAUUUACCGCCGGGAUCACGAUCGCCGUGCAAGGAUUUUGAGUAAAACAUAAGUAUCCAAAUCUCGUUGUUCUGUCAUGCGAGUGGCGAACGACUCCGCUCGACAUAAGCAAUUAUCAUUGUUACUCGUAUCGAUGUUAAGAGUUAUGAAUUAUAAAAAUGAAAAAAAAAAUCUUCGUUUUCGCCGUGUCUGUUCCGGAAUCGUUGCGAGCCGACCAAUUGCGCCCGCGACUUUAAAGACACGCGCUUAGGAUGUUUAAUUGUUCGACAUGUCCGUAUGCAACAAUUACUAUAGGGACCAUCUCGUGGGCGUAACAAAUAACCGAACGGAAUGUUAGCCGUGCGAAAUAAAAGUGACAAAAAAUGCAAGGAAAGAGAAUGCCAAGUUCCAUCGUGCAUCAGCGCGUUGCUCAAUGAUAAUUUGUAAUGCGACAAAACUUUAUUUGAUAUGUCGCAAUGAGACGGAUCAAUACCAAUUCGUUUGUUACGUCCAUGGAUCACCUUUGUUUGGACCUCAAACAGAAAAUGACCUGCGUAAGAUGCACCUCAUCGAAUUGAAACUCUAAGUGUAUUUUAACGUAAUACUAGUCACUUACAUUAUAGCCGAGAAUUAUGGAUUACGACAUAGAUUUUUAUUGUGCAGCGUUGCGCCGAGGAUAUUUAAAAAAUAUAUUAUUAAUUGCUACUAUAUAUAUAUUAUAUAUCGACGUUAAGUAAUCAUACAAAUAUAUCAUAUUUUUGUGUCAAAAACGCCAGUAGAAGCGCGAUGACAAUAGAGAUUCGUCGUCGACGUUUCUUCAUAUUUGUAACGAUAUAUGAACGUCUUUAUUCUUGUAAUCCGUGUUCCACUAGAAUGUAAAUAUGUAUAUUAUAUAAUAAUGAGCAACACAAAGUUAUAUACUCAUUAA